UGGUUAAUGGUAGCUGCUUCAUGUAGACAUAUAACGUGGCAACAUUUCUGCAAUCGGAAGAAAAAAAUAUAGAAAAAGUUUCGUAACCCGGUCCCAAUCACAAGCUUCGUUCAAAGACGCAUUUUCACAAACAAGUUGUGAGCAGGACUCAAAGCUUAGGUAGGUGCUCGACUUCUUUCGCUUUCCUUUGUACCGUUCGCUCAAUGAGGAAUGUCUUCGCUACUCUCAACCGUCAUCGCCGUCUCACAUUGCUCUCCACUGCUGUAAACCAUAAUAGACAUGUUGGAACUAUGCUGCGUUAUUCUGUUUCUCCGGAAGUUCAGAUGGAUACCAGGCAUCGAUUAUACUUGUUGCAACAACAUCUGUUUUCUACAGGUUUUGCCAGUGUGCAUGGUGAGAGGCCUUCUGCAGAGUAUGCUAAGCUGAGGAAAGAAUCAUUGGAAAGUGAAUUUGGGCAUACUGUUGGGACGCACAGCUCAACAAGCGUUUCUGCAGUAUACCGAUUUGGCCCAUUUCUGGCUUUGUAUAGAGCAGCAAUCAUUUCAUUUCAUGUAUUGAAGUUGACCAUUUGGCAAUUCUUUUUUCGAGACAUAAAAGAGCGUGCUGUGAAGUUUCGUGAGAUGUUAAUCCGCUUGGGUCCUUUCUAUGUUAAGCUUGGACAGGCUUUGAGCACAAGAGCAGAUAUAUUGCCACCUGUCUAUUGCCAAGAGCUUGCUAAGUUACAGGAUCAAAUUCCCCCAUUCCCGACUCGUAUUGCAAAAAAAUCUAUUGAAAUGGAAUUGGGUAUUCCAAUUUCUGAAAUUUUUGCUGAUAUUAGCCCAGAGCCUAUUGCAGCAGCAUCUUUAGGACAAGUGUAUAAAGCUCGCCUUCAUUCUGGAGAACUUGUAGCUGUUAAAGUACAGAGGCCUGGUAUGUCACUAAUGUUGACCCUUGAUGCAUUGUUAUUCCAUAUGAUUGGUGGCCAAAUAAAGCGAUUUGCAAAAGCUCGCAAAGAUCUUUUAGUAGCUGUGAAUGAAAUGGUAAGGCACAUGUUUGAUGAAAUCGAUUACGUACUGGAGGCUAGAAAUGCUGAACGGUUUGCCUCUCUUUAUGGUGGCUGGCCUGGUGAUGGCCAUACUUCUAAUCAUAAUGCCAAAGGUGUGAAUACCAUCAAAAAUAAAAAUGCAAAGGGAAUUAAAGUGCCAAAAAUAUAUUGGAACCUGACCCGAAAAACUGUGCUUACUAUGGAGUGGGUAGAUGGAAUUAAGCUCACAGAUGAAGCUGCCCUGAAAAAGGCAUAUCUUAAUCGAAGGGAACUGAUUGACCCGGGAGUGUAUUGCUCUUUGAGACAAAUGCUUGAGGUGGGGUUUUUCCAUGCUGACCCACAUCCAGGAAACCUGCUUGCUACUAGCUGUGGAUCCCUUGCAUAUUUUGACUUUGGGAUGAUGGGGGAUAUUCCUCGCCAUUACCGUGUAGGACUUAUUCAAGUGCUUGUGCACUUUGUUAAUCAUGACUCUCUGGGAUUGGCAAAUGAUUAUCUUUCUUUGGGAUUUAUUCCUGAAGGAGCUGAUAUGCAAUCCGUGGCAGAUGCAUUGCAGACAUCUUUUGGGGAUGGGACUCGACAAUCUAAAGAUUUCCAGGGUAUAAUGAACCAGUUAUAUGAUGUCAUGUAUGAUUUUAACUUCUCUCUUCCCCCAGACUAUGCUCUAGUGGUGAGAGCUCUUGCUUCACUAGAAGGAACAGCAAAAGCACUUGAUCCAGAUUUCAAAGUCAUUGAAAGUGCAUAUCCUUUUGUGAUUGGGAGGCUGUUGGCCGAUCCCAGUCCUGACAUGAGAAAAAUCUUAAGGGAGCUUCUUAUUCGUAACAAUGGAUCCAUUAGGUGGAACCGCCUGGAGCGCUUGGUAGCUGCAAUAUCUGAACAGGCUUCUGAGGAUCCUCCUGAAUCUGAAGAAAAUGAUUCACCUCUGUCGGGAUGGAAGUCAUUCGAUAUGCAUGCAGUUGUUGAUGCCACAGAAGAUCUUCUGCUUUUCAUUCUAUCUGAAAAGGGUCUAAUGGUGCGCGUUUUCCUCCUUCGGGAUAUAAUUCGAGCAGCAGAUAUCUUUCUGCAUGAUGAAGUCUUUGGUUGCAGGCUAGAAGCUGAAAGUAAAGCAAGGAGAACUUCAGAAUUUGAGGAUGGUGCGAUUAUGAGUAGGGUAGUUAAUGGAUUCGGGUUACUUACUCGAGCAGUAAAGUCGGCCCCUGAGAUUUGGACGGCGAUGUUGAUGCGCAUUGUGUUGAAGCCACAAACCCUUGGCUUUUCUGUAGAUAUCAUAUCGGCCGUGUGCAACCACGUCAGCAACAAAUUCCCAGAGUCCUUUUGGGUUUGUAUGUCCAGACUGAUUCACGAGUUGUCAAAAACCCAUGCACCUGACACUCGUAUGAGAUAAUAACAACUUGUAUUUACAAAGUGUGUUUAUAUUGGAAACUUAGUCUAAUGGAUUUUAAAUUUGAUUUAAUCUAUGAAUUCAAAAUGAAAAUUAAGAGAUUCCAAUUUAAUUUGAACCA